AGGAACGAUGCGAGGCUGUCUGAUAAGGGUUUAACCCUGUGUUCUCUAUGAACCUGUGGAACCAGAAGAUGGUCGGUUCAGGAUCGGUUCGGUUCUGAUCGACAGAGAUUCCGAGGACGGCGACACUGCAGCUCUCUCUUCAGAAGCUGUCAUGGUGGACCUGUUCCUGGGGAAGGUUCUGGUGAAGAACAAUAAAGACAGAGACGAGCUGGACACGGAGCGUGAGAUCGUCCUGCGGCUCCAGAACCGUAUCCUCAUGCUGUUCUUCGGCUCCGGCGAGUGCGAGAAGUGCCAGGAUUUCGCCCCGACGCUCAAAGACUUCUUCAAGAAGCUCACAGACGAGUUUUACGUGGAGCGGUCGGCUCAGCUGGUGCUGCUCUACAUCUCGCUGGACUCGUCCGAGGAGCAGCAGGACAAGUUCUUGAAGGAGCUGCCCAAACGCUGCCUGUUCCUGGCCUACGAGGACCCCUACAGACAGGAGCUGAGCGUGAUGUUCGAGGUGCAGGAUCUGCCCAGGGUUGUGGUCUUGCGUCCGGACUGCUCCGUUCUCACGCCCGACGCUGUGGCUGAAAUCUGUAAGCUGGGGCCGGACUGCUACCGCAACUGGCAGGAAGGGGCGGAGCUUAUCGACAGGAACUUCAUGAUGAACGAGGAGUUCGACGAGGGCAAAAUGCGCAGCAUGACCGAUCCCAUCCGACGCAUCAAAUACAAGGUGGAGGACAAGAAAAAGAAGAAGAAGAAGAAAAAGAAGAAGGACGGGGUGAGCGUGGAGGAGGACGAGGAGGACGAGGAUGGAGAUGAAGAUGGGAAUGAUGGAGGAGGAGGAUGGGGCUGAGGUCAGGACAUCUAAUGAGCUAUUAACUAUUAGUGAAAUGGACAGAAGCCAAGAGAAAGUGUUGAGUAACAGCACUGAAAAAGAAACCAUCUACAGCUGUACUACUUCCAUCCAUGUCCACAACAAUAUCUGAAGGCUUAGGUUUCCUCUGGAAAGACAAUGGUUUCUGUUUUGCAGGAACUGUGUGAAUAGAUUAAAUAUGAAAAGAAAUUAUGAUUAUAACAAAAGUUAGAAGAGCUGAAUGUUCUUAAGUGAUUCUGCUCUUUUUGGACUUUUGAUUUACUGGACAAGUAUUAGGGAUAAGGAUUCAAAUGUAUAUGUUUUUUUCAGUUUCCUACAUUUUCCAGGUUUUUUUUAAUUUACAGAAUUAAAGAGUUUUAUUUUUCGAUAAGGUAGCCAGAAAUGUACCGUGCUUGCUGUCAAAUUGAAAGUAAUACAGUUAUUAACAGUUCUUAAAGGAAUGGACCGAAAUAAGAAAUAUCUUUUUAAAUCACUUUUUAAAAUCUACUGAAGAGAAAAACUGGACUACGAUGUUAUUUUCAGAUACGUUGAUUUUUUUAUUUCCUGCUCAUAAGUGUAUAUGUA